ACGCCAACCAACGGCCGAGGAGGCCGACGCCCGCCAACGGCCGUGGAGUUUCUCCGCAGUAGGUCUGAGGAGAAGGACGGUUUUUCCCCCCGAAGGACCGGACCGGAGCCGAGGGCGAGGACAGCGGGACCCCGACACCGACCCCUCCGCAACCAUGAGCGCAGAGGAGAGUGACAUCUUCACCGAAGGCCCCGUCAUCAGGAUGAAGGAGCUCACGUUCUUCCCCGUCUGCGCCGAGUUCGUGAAACCAACCAAAUUGGCGUCUAGGGACACUGAGCAAUUAAAGAUGGCAGAGUUGAGUUUCAUGGCCCGCAGGAAACACUUCGAUGGGAAAUCCAGUAGAAGUGAGCUCGAAUCAGAAGACAACACCCUCCGGGUGCAGCUGCGGCUCUGUUUAUGGGACACCCGAGGCCCUCAACCAGACUGCCUUCCUCUGCAAUUGAUCAUCAUUGUCAACGGGAAGUUAUGUCUUCCACCCGUGGAGGCCGACGGUGAACACUAUAACCGCCCAGUGGAUAUCACUCAUCUUGUGCACCCCUCUGAUGAAGUGCCCAAUGGUGUCGUGCUCCUUUGGUCACUGAAUGACACACGGGACUUCGGCAUGUCUGUGUGCUUGGUGAAGCAACUUACUGCAGAGAAGUUAGUGGAGCAGUUGAAGAAGAAGGCCUUUUUCCCCUCAUACAAGACAGUGUACAUGAUCCGGGACGUGAUGCCGGCAGUUCGUGAGCCGGCAUUUGCCCUCGGAAGUCUCCGCGUCUCCCUCCUGUGCCCGCUGGGAUGGGGACUUGUGUCCAUACCCUGCCGCGCGGUAUCCUGCAGCCACAUCCAGAUUUUCGAUGCUGUCCCGUUCCUGCAGAGGAACGAGGAGGAGGAAACUUGGAAGUGUCCAAUCUGUGACCAGGAGAUUCUCUAUCGAAACCUCGUCAUUGAUGAAUACUUCUUCAAGGUUCUCUGUUUCAUCGCCCGUGAAAAGAUUGACUGUGAAGAGAUUGACAUGCUGCCAGAUGGGACCUGGUUCCCGGCCAAGUACUGCAUGGAUUCAUUAGAAAUCUCUGAGGAUCCCAGCUUCUUUGGCCGAGGCCGCCAAGAGAUUCAGUCUGACACCGAGGGGGAGGUCAGUGACUCAUCCACAGAAGUUGAGACCUCCAAGGAAUUGCUGAGUCCACACCCCGGGGCAGCCAUCUCACCCUCCAUGGACACCGCAGGGGCAAGCACCGCUAAACAGAAGCCGGCCCAAGGCAAUGAAAACCAGGAUGAAGACGUAGUGUACGUGCACCUACCGUACUCCUCAGACGUGUGGUACGAGAGGGUCAGGAAGAUGAGUGAGAUGCUCAAAAUGAACUGCCCACCUAAAGGGAAGAAACGACGACGUAGAAGGUCCAGGACUCCAUCAGGAGAACUGAUGGAUUUAUACGACCCUUCACCUGACAGCGACCAGGAGACUUCUACCACUGCCUCGAUGGACAGCAGCUCGUCCAGUGUAGAGCUGCACACUCUGGCUACCACGGUGUCGACGCCAACCAGAGGACCUCAGCAGCCGGCAGGAGAGUCCAGCAGUCUGGAUAUCCGCAAACGUCCCUCCAGCCGACCUAAACAAUAGCUCCCCACUCUCUCCCUCUAUUCAGCACUUGGAGUCUCCCGUCUUGACCCCUCAGAACACCUAUGACUUGGAGCACAGCCUUUGCCGGUGCCACCCUCCAGCCCCAGCCCCAGCUCCAGCCCCUGCCCCAGGCCUCUUUUCCGAAUGCCUCCCACCGCCAAGCCCAGCUGGCAGAAGCCAGAAGCCUUUUCUUUCCAGGCUCAACUCAUAGUCCUGUUUGCCCCAGCUAUAAGGAGUUAGUGUCCUCCCACCCUUUUUGGGACCUGUUCUGAUAACUUGUGUUCAGGGGUGUCAGGAGAGGGGACACUCAUGUAGCCCCCGCCUCUCCCUCCCUGGCUUCCCCGUCCCCUAACUCUUGUCUUCAUUACAGUUUGAGGUGCCUGGCUGGGGGCCCCAGCUAUAAUGUUAUUGAAUUUGCUUCUAAUUUUAUUGUAUGUUGGUAGAAGGAAGUUGUUCUCACCCCAUUGUCUUCAAUAAAUUUUCACCAUUUUAUGGAAUGAAAAACAUUCCAAAAAUAUCA